AUCGACGAAUGUGCCGAAGCGGUGGGUGGAGACGCUAAGUUGAAUCCAUUCUGCAAAGAUGGCAAAACAUGCGUAAACAUCCCCGGGGGAUAUCGCUGCAUCGCAGUAACUGACUGUCCCGCAGGCUUCAAACGAGACUCCAUACGAGAACCAUGCACUGACAUCGAUGAAUGUGCUACGGGCAUUGCAAAGUGUGGCCCGAACAUGCACUGCGAGAAUACGAUUGGCUCCUACCGGUGUCUCUGCCAGCGAGGCUACAAGAAUGUCAAUGACACCGCGUGUGUCGGUAUUUCCUUUUGUCGUACUUUUGAUUUGCCUCUGUUUGCCAGCCUUUGCAGCGCGAGUGUCUCAGCACCGACCUCAGUGGAAAAUUAUACCGUGACUAGCCAACUGGAUCUACUCAUCAGUUUCCCGUGA